CUAAACAACGCGUCGCUCGAUUCCAGUGUAGUCAACUGUCGCGUCGCGUCGCUCGCGGCAUGGUGUUAAGCUCUAUGUAUUUCACAUCAAUGGGAAAAAUCACAAGUUUCAACAGUUCAGUGGUGGGAGGCUGCCAGUGCCUGACAGGAUCUCUCCAAUACACACACCAAAGCAAACAAACAUCCUUUCCCUCGGAAGUUGCAUAUUUCCAUUAACUUGCUCUAUGGAUAAAACGCGUCCGUUGGUUUUCUUGUCGAUGGUGCUCGAUAUGUGUGAAAAUAAGCUUCUUUGCGCUGUUUUCUUAACUUCACUGCUUUCCUCAGCAUGCUCACAAAGCACAAGAUUUGUGCAUUCAGCUGCCUUAGAUGCGAAUGGAAGAUACAACAUUAAGUGGGGAUUUGACGAGUCAACGAUAACGUUUGAAGCAGAAGUGGAAACGAAAGGAUACAUCGGAUUUGGCUUGUCACCAACCGGUGCGAUGGCUUCGUCUGAUAUCGUAAUAGGUGGCGUGCUUAACGGAAGUCCAUAUUUACUGGAUUAUUUCACAGAUUCGAACAGAAAGGUCCAUAAAGACCCAAUGCAGAACUACCAGUUGCUGUACGGAAGGGAAAAUGAUACACAUACUGUCCUGGCUUUCACGAGAAACAUCCAGACGUGUGAUGACAAUGACAAAGUCAUUACGGGCAGUACGGUGAGAGUGAUCUGGGCGUUCCACGAUGAGGACGUGGGAGAGUCAGGACCUAACUACCACGGGAUGAACAGAGGGAGAAAGAGCCUACGGUUACUUAACCCUGGAACCAGCUCCAGCAUCCCUGCAGGAACAGCUUUCUUUGACCUUCAAAAUGAGAAGGUUCCUGUGCCUGAAAAGGAUACAACAUACUGGUGUCGAAUAUUUAAAAUCCCAAAGAUGAAGAGGAAACAUCAUAUAAUCAGAAUCGAGCCAUUGAUUCAGAAGGGUCAUGAGAAUCUGAUCCAUCACAUUCUGCUUUACCAGUGUGAUAGCAAUCUGAACAAAAGUGAGAUCAACCAGGAACACGAAUGCUAUCAUCCAAAUAUGCCAGACUCCUUCUUCACCUGUGAAACCAUCCUGUUCGCCUGGGCUAUCGGGGGAGAGGGCUUUACCUAUCCUCCACAUGUCGGAAUGUCUAUAGGAACCUUGAUAGAUCCAGUGUUUGUACAAAUGGAAAUUCACUUUGAUAACCCGUCAUUACAAAAAGGGAUAGUGGACAGCUCAGGUCUGCGCUUGUACUACAGCCCCAUUCUAAGGCGAUAUGAUGCUGGAGUCAUUGAGACAGGAGUGUGGGUCAGUCUAUUCCACAUGCUACCCCCAGGCAUGCAGGAUUACAUUACAGAAGGACACUGCACAAAAGAGUGUCUACAGGAGUCAUUAAACAGUGAGAUGCCCAGUGGAGUUCAUGUGUUUGCUGUCUUGCUUCAUGCUCACCUGGCAGGCCGUGCUAUCAGGGCCCGACAUUUCCGUCAACAGGUUGAGCUCCAGCCCCUGGCUUCAGAUGAGCAGUUUGAUUUCAACUUCCAAGAGUUCCAGCCGCUCGGCCAAGAAAGACUCAUUUUGCCUGGGGAUUCUAUAAUCACUGAAUGCAGAUAUAGCACUAAAGACAGAAUGAACAUGACCUGGGGAGGACUUAGCGCUCGGGAUGAGAUGUGUUUGUCGUACCUGCUUUAUUACCCCAGGGUCAACCUAGCCAGGUGUGAGAGUUUACCAGAAAUCACCGGCCAACUCAAGUUUAUCGGGGUCAAGAAGAUUCAGGAACCUGUUACAACUUGGCCCUUUAUGAUUGAGAGUCCUAAGAAAUUCAGCAAUCUGUCCUUCACGGAGGCUAUGGAUAAAUACAGAUGGACGAGGAAGAGAGGCAAAGCAUUUAAUGAGGUUGUUCGGAAACUCCCCAUGAACGUCCGCUGCUCCAAGAUCGGACAGGAUGAGUGGUCGAUUCAAGGUAUGAUCGUCUCUCCCCCCGAGCUGAAGUCAGAGCAGAAGUCUGUUGUGGCUCUGCCCUGUAGGAACGUCUCAGGGUCCCAGUUUGAAAGUUCCCUCAUCGCGUUCCUCAUUGCAUAUCUCCUGCUCAUAAUACAGACCCACAUAGACCUCUAAUGUCUGCUGUUAUCUCAGUUCUGUACUCCUAUACACACAUUUCACCAGCCGUUUACAGUACCAGCAACUCACAACAUGAGCUAAAGAGCACAAUGAAGCUGAUAUAAACUUUGGAGAUGCUGUAGUAUAAUUGCACUGUGUGACUCUCUUUUAUGGUCUCAAUUAAGUUUAUCAUUAACAUUGUGUUAAUACAACAUGGUUGCAAACAAUAUUGACGCGUUUAUGUUUGUCACAGAAUUUCAUUUGGUUCAUGCAUACUUAAGUAUUCAAACGAAAGCUUCUCCUGUAAAUCCGUCAUACAGUAUUAUUACCAUAUGUCUGAAAUAGGCCAGUAAACCUUCAUCUAACCUGUUGUGAUUUACAGAACGUUUUUGGAUUAACCUUGUUUGCUGUCAGAGUUGUUAUUAUCAACCACUUCAUCACAAGUGGUUUAUAUUUUAACCAGUUUUCCCUGAAUGACUUCACACUGUUAGUUUUAUUCAAAGUUAAACCUGCACUAAAAUUCACAGGCAUGCAAACACUUCUGUUUCUCUCAUUAUGAGCUAAAUUUGUUUUAUGAAUGAAUGCUGGCUUUAUAUUCCAAGCCAUUAAAGUUUUAUAUGCUGUCUGUGUCUCUUAAGCAAUAAAUGUUUAUUUCUUUUAAA